UAGGCGCUGUCCUCGGUGCUGCAGGGUGCCGGGGGGCUGCUGCUUUCGGGCUGCCGACACACUUCGGGCUGACAGCCUCUUCGCGAUCAGCCCGUCGCCUCACUCCGAGUCGAGCCGCCGUGCCGUGCCGUGCGCUGCCUGCCUACCGGGCUUUCACUCUGCGUCUUUGCUGCUUUUUUGCUUCUUGAAAGUGUUAGAUGCGCUUCCGAAGCCGGAUGAACACACUCCAGUAGACAUGUGUGCGGGAAGAGGCUUGCUGAUGAAGCUGCUGCUGCUGGGUGUGCUGGAGAUGUGCGACGGAGGCUCCUCCCCAGAGGCAGCAGGGCAGAAGGGCAGCGUCACAGGGCUGGAGACGGACUGCCCCUCAUCCUCCCUGGGCCCAGGGACCUCCCCGGCUGGCCCCCCCAGCCACAGGCCCCUACUACGGGGCCUCCUCCUGCACCAGGCCCUGCUCACUAAAGACUUCCGGGGAGACCAGAGCUUCCUUGACGGCUUGGUGGGGAGCCCCGUCUCAAGCCAGACGGUGCCCCACGAGGACGCGCCCGCUUUCUCCGAUGUGGCGACCACCACUGUCACCAUGGUGACCGCAUCCCUGCAGGCGGGUGUGGUGACGGCGCCUGUCAGUACCGCUCCGGGCAGGGCGGGGGGCGAAGGGAGCCCCCCGGCCACCACAGGGACUCCAGUCACCACGGACUUCUUAACCACUCCUGUCACACAUGCUUCUUUGUCACCUGACACGGUUGUCACGCCGACUAGUCUUGCCCCGCCCAUCCUCACAACGCCAUCAAAGGAGCUUGUCCUGGACCCAGAGGAUGUCGCGAUGGGUAAAAGUGACGGUCUGGUGAUGACCACAACACCACAACUGUCUCUGCAAGAUGUCCCUGAGAAAAGCACAGCACCCACCACUGUAACGACCCCCCAGCCCAUGACGGAGCAUCCUGCAGUUGCCUGUGGCAUCAAUCUGACUGCCCCGGACAGCUUCGUCAAGGUGGCCCUGAGGGACUCCGCUUCGGACUGUACCUACUCCAUGACGGUCUACCUGGGCUAUGGGGUCGAGAUCCAGGUACUGGAGGUUAACCUGCUGCCUGGGGACACUGCGACUCUGGAUGAUCUGGGGGCCACGGGACCCUCCUUGCUGGCCAAUGAGUCCAUCCUGACCGCCGGACUGGUGCUGCAGAGCCGAAGCAAUCAGGUGUCCAUCCGCUUCCAGGGCAAAGGUCACGGGCAGCAAGCCGGCUCCUUCCUGCUGCACUACCAAGCCUUCGUGCUCAGCUGUCCUUUCCCUCAGCGGCCGGCCCAGGGGGAUGUGUCCGUCACCAGUCUCCAUGCUGGUGGCGAGGCCUACUUCUACUGCCUCAGCGGAUACCAGCUUCACGGCCCCCCCGCGCUCACGUGCCGCAAUGCGACUACGCCCUACUGGAGUGGCAAGGAGCCCCGGUGCCAAGCCUCCUGCGGCGGAGUGGUGAGGAAUGCCACGAUCGGCCGAAUCGCCUCGCCCGGUUUCCCUGCCAGCUACGACAACAACCUGACCUGCCACUGGGUGGUGGAGGCACCAGAAGACCAUCGGUUGCACAUUCACUUCGAGAAGGUGGCCCUGGCGGAGGACGACGACAGGCUCCUGAUAAAGGACGGGGAUAACAUUGACUCGCCGCUGCUGUAUGACUCGUACGAGGUGGAGUACCUCCCCAGCGAGGGCGUUGUCAGCUCCUCCCGCUGCCUGUUUGUCGAAUUCAACACGGAUGGGUCCGGAACGUCCACCGGCGCCGCUGUCCGAUACGAAGCCUUCGCCCAGGAGAACUGCUACGAGCCUUUCCUCAAGCAUGGCAACUUCAGCAGCAGUGACCCGACCUUCGCUGUGGGCGCCGUGGUGGAGUUCUCCUGCGAGGCCGGCUACACCCUGGAGCAGGGCUCCGUCACCAUCGAGUGUGUGGCCCCCAACGGGCCACAGUGGAACGAGACAGAGCCGGCCUGUCGAGCCGUCUGCAGCGGGGACAUCACAGACUCCACUGGGGUGGUCCUCUCACCCAACUGGCCCGAGACCUACGACCGGGGUCAGGACUGCAUCUGGGGGAUCCAUGUGGAGGAAGACAAGAGGAUUAUGCUGGACGUCCAAGUCCUCCGCUUGGGCAGGAGGGAUCAGCUGACCUUCUAUGACGGCGACGACCUAACGGCCAACAUCCUGGGUCAGUACAGCGGCCCCGGGGCCCGCGUGCGGCUCUACACCUCCACGGCUGACGUCACGCUGCAGUUCCAGUCCGAUCCUGCGGGUGACACCUUUGCAUAUGGCAACGGCUUCGUCGUGCGCUUCUUCGAGGUCCCCCGGAACGACACGUGCCCAGAGCUCCCGGAGAUCGCCAACGGCUGGAAGAGCACCUCCCACCCAGAGCUGGUGCACGGCACAGUGGUGACCUACCAGUGCUACCCUGGCUUCCAGCUGUGGGCUGGGGCUGAAGUCCUGAUGUGCCAGUGGGACCUGACAUGGAGCGGAGAUGUGCCCAGCUGCCAGCGUGUGACGUGGUGUUCGGACCCCGGUGCAGUGCAGCACAGCCGCAGGGUGACGUCGGGGGCUCACUUCGCCGUGGGGGCUACGGUCCAGUACGUCUGCGACAAGGGCUACGUGAUGACGGGCGACGGGACACUCACCUGCCACGCCCGGGACGCCGCCAGCCCCAAGUGGAGCGGGCGGCCACCCAAGUGUGUCCCUGAAAAGUAUGAGCCCUGCAGGGCCCCCGGCACCCCCCGCUACAGCAUCCAGAGCACAGAGAAGCAGUUUUACCAAGCUGGGGAGACCCUGCUCUACAACUGCCUGGCUGGCUACCAGCUGCAGGGGGAUGCCACCAUCCGAUGCAUCCCCGGACACCCCUCACAGUGGAGUGGCCCGCCCCCUGUCUGUAGAGAGCCUUCUUCAGACUCUUCCUCAAAGCACCAGUUGGAUGCAUCCAGCGCAGUCUUCAGCUCAGAGUGGGCAAACGUAGGCGUCGCCAUCCUGGCUCCUGCUGUUGUCUUCCUGGCUGUUAUCGUUGGGAUAUACAUCUACUUUUCAAAGUUCCAGGGCAAGUCUCUCCGGCUACCCCUAUCGUCUACGCCGCCAUACGACAACAUGACAGAGUCCGCCUUUGACAACCCCAUUUAUGAGACUGGAGACUCCAGGGAGUAUGAGGUCUCCAUUUAAUGACCCUUGCGUGGGGCAGGGAGGCAGGGGGGGCAGCUCCCAUGCUUUUCCCUGCCUCUUGGAAACAUCGCCGCAGCUCACGUCACCCCUCAGCCACCACGGACUCCCCUUCAUCUCCUUCCCCUUUCCCUUCGCUCCUCUUCCUCCUAUCUGGCUGCUGUAAAAUAUCCUGCCUGUUUGAGGAAGCCAAUGUCGCAAAGAGAACGGGAGGGUUGUGCUUUUGUUUUUUGUCUAUUUUUAAAUUCUGAAACAAUUUCUAGUUUUAACUGUUUAAGGAAUUAUUAAGACUGGGAACCACAGAACUUUUUUUUAUUUGUCCAUUUGCUCUGCAAAUUAAGUGUGAUGUAAGCAGCCUGCAAAGCACCAUGGGAAUAGGACGUCGUUCUGUACUCUGACCCGAGAAGAGAACAUUCCAACAUGGGGCAAACCCACGUCAUUGGACUCCAGCUUAUAAGCACAACAGUGGAGAGGUGCGGUACGUGUGGAAGCUGUUGGAGGGAUCUGUGCUGAGGCCGGAUUCCUCACCUCAAGGUCACUCACGUGACCCAUCCUCUUUUUGUUUCCAUGUAACGUGUAAUUCUCUGAAUCCCAAAAUGCUGCCAUUCGAUGCCCAAAGGCCCUGACAUGGGUGACACAGCCUGAAGAAAACCGGACAGUAUCUCUGGGCCUCACCCUACAUCCUUGCCCUCCUUACUGGAUUUACCGGAAGGUCACACAGGGCUCGUUUCCACUGGGUUGCCCCCCCCCCCCCCAAUCUGUUUGCCCACUUCAUUUACUCUUAGUUGACCUACGUGGUACACAAAUAAGAACACCUGAGCAUGAAAGAGAUUUGCCAGUUUUCAUAUAAUUUCAUAUAAAAAAUAUUUCAUCUCGGAAAUAUUCACUGGGGUGUGUGUGUGUGUGGGGUUGCUCAUUUUAUGAACAGAGGAUCAAUUAAAUGAGGGGUUGCAACUUUGCCUGUCGCUAAAAUAGAUUAUAUGUGCAGAAAAACCAACUGAACUCAAAACUACAAUCAGCACUGUGUUCCCAAGGUACCAUCUGAGUAUCACAUGUAGAGAGAAUGUAAGUACCUCUGCCUGGAUUAUUCCAGAAAAGUUCAGGGAGCCCCUCUGUGUGCUUCCUAUGGUUUUAAAUGCUGAUUCUUGUUAUGCUGUAAUUUUGCACAACCUGCUUAUAGAUGACAACCUGAAGAUAAAAUGUUCAACAGGCUGGUGUGUUGAACGUGAGGCUCGCUUUUAAUUUGUGUGACAUUUUUAUGUUGAAAUGUCGUCGUUAAUAUCACUUAACAUGUGCAGGGUGACUGGAAGACACUGAACCAAGUCCACAAAACACCCAACACUGACUGGACUGAGUGAAUUCCUUUGGAAUUUACAUGUGUUUGAGCUCCUUGUAAACUCACAAUGUAUGACACAAGUUUUUGGAUACAGUUACAAAUUGCCAUUGAUUUUACAAUUAAUAUUUCAUAGUUUAAGAGUGAAUAUCUUACUUGCAGAUUGCUGUUGACCAUUAUUAUGAUUCUCAAACUCAUAUGGUAUGAUUUGUGUCCACUGUCAGCUUGUGUAAUAGUGUAAUAAUAUGGAUGAGCACACAUGGAAACUGAUAAGUAAAUACAUUAAUAUUGAAGUUUCUUCAGUAACAUUAAGCUAAUUAUGGAAGGCAGUGUUUCAAUAUGGCUUCGGAUGUGAUUCUUUUCUAAUGAUGGUUCAGUGGACAGCAAUGCUGCCUCAUACCCUCAGGUUCUGGGAUCCCAAUCUUGUUGAGAAACAUGCAGCUAAUUUAACCGGCAUCCCUAAUGCUGCCACUGGUGCGUUUACUGUGACGGACUGGCAUUAGCUCCAGCAAACCCACCAUGUCCCUGUUUUGUAUUUUUUCUUCUUGAAUGGCUCAAAAGCAGAAUAAUUCAGCAAUAAACGUUGCAAAUAAGGAAAGAAGACGAAACAUCCCUCAUACAGCUACGGAACUUAAGGUAAUAUGGUUCUGAGUGGCAUACUGCGUCAUUGGUAUGGGGUACCGAAACUCUCAUAUGACACCAAAGUUAAUGAGUAUAUUAGUAGAUGUACGAUGCAGCGGGCGCAUAAGUUUAUUAUAUUAUGAAGUCCAAACCGGGCCCACAUGCGUUAUAUUACUGUUUUAACAUUCAAAUGGAAGACCAGUGAUCGAAACACUGUUACAAUAUUAAACUACAUAAAUGAAAUGACCGGACCAUGGGAUGAUUUGGUACCAAGUUAAUGUCCUCGUGUAAUAUCUGUUCAUUUAUGCUUUACAUCUUCUGAUACAUUCUGCCAAUGCCGCAAUUAAAACAGCAAAUCAUGUGAUA